AUGACAGAGACAUUCCCAGAAAUCACAUGGCAUCCCAUACCCCACUCGGACGCAACAUGCAAAGUCCACCUCAUCCAAGCCGGCGGCCUCUACAUCCCCUAUGACCUAGUCCUGCUUCCAGACUCGGACAAUCCCAAUGACCCCUCAGAAUCACAAGCAUCAAAAGAGGAGCGAAAAACAUAUUACGCCCCGGACUAUGUCUUCCUGAUCGAGCAUACAGCAUCCGGAACAAAGUACAUGUUUGACCUCGGCAUACGGCCAGACCUCGAAAAUCUACCCCCACUCAUCCAGGAAACUGUACUUCCCGUAUUCAAGUGUGAGCCCAAGUCUCCUGAGUAUAUUCUCAGAGAACAUGGCUCACCCGAGCAGCAGCCAGAGAAGAUCAAGGCUGUCGUCUUCUCGCAUAUGCAUUUUGAUCAUAUGGGUGAUGGGGCAAAAGGCGGAUUCGAAGGCGCAGAGUUGUGGGUGGGACCAACGUGUUGUACUUAUGCACGUCCAGGUUAUCCCGCUGAGGAGAGGGCACCGACGUUAAGUGACACGCUGCCUGUGGAUGGAAGCAGGAAGGUUGUAGAGUGCUAUAUACCUGAUGACUUACUCCAAGAUACUGGAGACAAGAGAGCGGGUCAGGUUAUGGAAGGGUUGAGGGGAGGAAAGUAUGCUGCUGUUGACUUGAAGAAACCAGAGUGGAUACGUCUGGGUGCUUUUGAGCGGGCAUACGAUGUCUUUGGUGAUGGAGCAGUGUACAUUAUCGAUGCACCAGGACAUUCACCAGGGCACCAGAUGAUGCUAGUGAGAACGACUUCUGGCUCUGGUGACAAGGAAAGCUCGUUUGUACUCUUGGGCGGCGACUGCUUCCACCACGUCAACAUCCUCCAAGAUCCAAACCGCACUGCUCGUCCGCCUUACUCAAAAGGCUGUAUGCAUUUGGACCCCGAGCAGGCAGUCAACACCAUGCUGCGCACAAGGGAAUUUGCGCGAAAAGACUACGUCUGGGUAAUAGGCGCUCACGACGUAACCGUCGGCGAAGGAAUACAGCCCGGAGUCAAAGAACUCACAGGCCUCAUAGACAUCACCAGUUGGCAAGCCUCGGGCUGGAAAACCCCACUCUAG